UCUCGUUGUUGAGCUGUUUGUUAUAAAUGUGGUUGAAAUAUGAAAUUUGAUUUUUUUAUUUAGUUUCCGAGACCUAAACAUGUCAGACGGACAGACAGACAACAUAAAAUUUCUAUCGUUUUUUUCCCUUUGUGGGCCGCUAAAAAACAACAAGUGCACCAAACGCUGUAUUCAAAGCUGUGUCAAGAACGUGUCUAUGUCCAAAUAUAGAUUCGGGUUUUCCCGCUUGUUGAGCUGGUCCCCUUAUGUUAUAAGUUCUUUCUUUUCUUGCUGUGCUGUUGUUGAAUUCUGAGAAGUGUUGGCCUGCUGAGCGGCUUUACGUGGUAACGACAGACGUGUUCAUUUCAAUCUCACAUGUGUAAUAAGGAGAUGGCUUAUUAAAUGUCCAGUGUCAACAUCUUGGAUGAUACAUUCAUGAAAAGAUCCUUUGGUGUUUUUCAUUUCGUGCAUUUAAAAGCAACUUUAAACGCCGUACACUCUGAUUGUAGGUAAUCUCGUGAUGGGAAAUGCCACAGAACCAAUUUCCAUGAACAUUGCCCCUGUGCCCACUGUCUCACUCAUCAACAAACAACGGAGUAGGCAGAGCUCACUAGUCUCCACAGAUUCCUUCCUCCAGAGCCAGAGGAGCAUCGAUCACAAUUACUCUGGUUCAGACCCCAUUUUACGAGAACGAGGACCAUCGCCCACGUCUCAGCUAGCCGCUAACAUCGCGACUGGGGAGCCAAGCUCUAUUGAGUUAACAGAUGGCGUUGGGCAAAACGAGCUUUCUUCCUCGAGAACAUCCACACAGCCAAAGAAGCAAAGCUCACCAGUGCCAGCAAAGAAUGUGAGGAGAUGUUUCGGUGUGAACCAUGCCAGUGAGCAAAGUGAAUGCCAUAUCAAUGUAACUCCUCCUUAUCCUACAGCUCAUUUUCUUGAAGGGCAAGUGAUCACAUGGGUGAACGUUGACCUAGUCAUGUCCCACAAUCAAGAGAAUCAGAUGACUCGGGAAACACCAGAACAGUCGCGCUGUGGCUCUGCAGAAAAUGUGUCUGCCGGGAAACUGGAAUAUGACCACACGUCUGGUCACUUUAACGUCCAGUUAAAUAACGAUUUCAACACGGGAAACUUUACUGUCGAGCAGGGUGCAAGCUUACUUAAUCAACAAGAACCGAAUAGUAUUGUCGAGGAUUUUUACCGUUACCGAAAUUCAAAGGAAGACAAUACCAAUAAUUCUUGCUCAAAAUUGAACAUUGAAGAUUUGACAUUUUGCAGUUCAACACUACUGGCUCCAUUGUCUGAAAACAUUGCUCCUUCUUUAUGCUCCUUUGGUCCACUGCAAGGUGUACCCGCUGAGGCUAGUAUUUGCUUUAACAGUGUCCACGCUGGCGAUACUAGAUCGUUCCCAGUCUAUGAAUCCCAUCAUAGUAAUUCCUACGAUUCGUAUAAUUUUGAUUCGUAUUAUCCCACAGAUCUGUGCAAUACACAUGAACUCAACAGAGAACUUAUCAAUUAUAAUACGCGUACUGACAUAUCAACCCAUUCUGUUUGCAGUGCGUCCGAAGAAUUUCACUUUUGUGGUGAUGGCAUUGAGUCCUCUAAUAGGGCAUCGUGCGAUCAACCUCAUGUGUUAACAACUUACCAUUUAGAAAACAAUGGAAUAACAUCUUUGGGAUUUACAGCCGGUCAGUGUGAAGAAAAUUUUUCUUUUGGUGGCGGACACAGAAUGAUCUCCUUAUCGCAAGAAGGUUUAAAUUCUUUGGGUUUUGUGAUCCAGAGAGGACGGACAAGCAGUUUCGGAGAAACUCUACGGAACAGCCUGAAUGGUGAUUCUCUUUCUUCACAGGAAGCAAUGCCAAAAAGGUUUGGUGGAUGUAGUAGAAUAAUUUCUUUGUCCCAAGAAGGUUUGAGUUCGUUGGGGUUUUGGGCUGAAAAUGGCAGCUGCGGAGAAACUGUUCAGCCAAGUAUUCUUGAUGAUUCUGUUUGUGCACAGGAAGCGCUUGCUAAAUUGCCCGGUGGAGAAAGCAGAUUGGACUCAAAUCAAAAAGAUUCAAAUUCUUUGCCAUUUGUGACCAACAGAGUGCGGAGCGGAAGUGGGAGCAAUUUAAGGAACAGUUUAAAGAGAGAUUAUUUAGCAUGUACGCAAGAAACACUUUCUUCAUUAAAUCCUCAAUUCCAGGCAUCUGAUAGAAAAACAAGAUCCGUGUCUUCGAAAGUUGAAGCUAAUCUUAGUAAAGUUUUAUGUCAAUCGUUUGAUCAUUGUUCUGCCAGUAAUAUUCCCGCCUCUAGUAGCUCUACCAAAAGUCUUAAUAAGUCAGUGUUUCAUCAAUCUACCAGUAGUGUUUCGUCUUCUAACAAUGACUCUGUCACACUCACUGACAAAGUUGUAAAAAGCUACUUCCGGCAGGCGUCCCAAGGAGGAUCUGGUAGACUGAUGGAGGAUAGGCAAGAGAUAUAUGAAUCUUUUGGAAACAUACAAGAAGCUGACCCCAGUUUACCGUUUAUUAGACCUCGGUCAAGUUCUGGACGAGCCAAGUCACCGUCUACUCGACAGAAGUCGCCCCAAAGUAGAUCCAAAUCACCUGCUAGUAGGCCAAGUUCACCCGGCAAAAAACACACAGACUUAGAAGACACAAAUCCCACCAUACAAGAUGUUCAAGUCAAAAGAAAUGAACCAGCUGAUAUUAAUUUUGCUGAACCUGCUAACGAUGCCUUAUCAAUAUUUGAUGGACCCAGUGGAUACAGACAGUACUACUCAGCCUUCCUAUGCUGCGCCCCUGAAGACUUGCAGCAUUUCGGCUUGUCCUUUCACUCCAUGCUUGAGGAAUGGGGCUUCAAAAUAUUUUUACCCCCAAGAGACCUUGUACUAACAGGGUGCAACUUUGACAACAUGUCCAGGGCGCUGGAAGAGAGGUGUAAUGGUAAAAUCAUUGUUAUACUCUCUGUCAACUAUGAGGCUUCAGAAGAAUGUUCCUUUUUAACUUCAUUCGCCAGAGUCUUAGAUCCUGAUGCCAGAAAGAGAAACAUUAUCCCUGUUCAGAUUGACAAAAAUGUAGAGAUCAAAAAUGUGCUGAAAGGAUUGUCCAUUAUCCGAUACAACCACGACUAUAAAUGUGGAUGGUUGAAACAGAAACUGGUGGAUGCUAUCGCUGCCUGAAAAGAAAAAAGUUUGUUGUAAGGACUCUUACAAAUGUGGAUAACAAAGUCGCCAUGUGUUCAAGUCAUCAAACUUUCAUUAGGUUUAGAAUUGAGAACCUUUCUGUGUCUCUUUUUCUUUAAAAUUUGUUUGAUACGCUUUUUUUAUUUCAUUUUAAUUUGCCAUAAAAGAGUUCCUUUUAGGUUCUUUAGGAAAACAUUUUGACUAUUGGUUCAUGUCGAUGAAUUUAAACUUUCUUUUUAUCUCUCUGAAAGUCUGAGACAGCACAUGGUCCAAAGUUUGGGGCAACACAAGGUUCAAAGUCUUUAGCAGGACUAGUCCCAAAGUCUGGGUAACAUAAGUCCCAAAGUUUUAAGCAGGACUAGUCUCAAAGUCUGGGGCAACACAAGGUGCAAAGUCUUUAGCAGGACUAGUCCCAAAGUCUGGGGCAACACAAGGUUCAAAGUUUUUAGCAGCACUAGUCCCAAAGUUUGGGUAUCAUAAGUCCCAAAGUUUUUAGCAGGACUUGUCCCAAAGUCUUGGGCAACACAAGGUUUAAAUUGUUUAACAGGACUAGUCCCCAAGUCUGGUAACAUAAGUCCCAAAGUUUUUAACAGCACUAGUCCCAAAGUCUGGGUAACAUAAGUCCCAAAGUUUUUAACAGCACUAGUCCCAAAGUCUGGGUAACAUAAGUCCCAAAGUCUGGUGCAACACAUUUUCCAAUGUGCCAAGGCAAGUAGGUCUCAGUAUCUUGGCAGCACACAAAAAUUAUGCCUCUUUUAAACUGCCACGUAUAUUGACAAUGAAACAGUUUCAAUUGUAUGGAAUGUAUUUGUAACAUUCAGCCCUCAUGAUUGUCAAUAUCAUAUAAUAUUUGCUGUUCUGUUCUGUAUACACAGAAACCUUUCUCCAAAAUAAAAACGUCUGGAAUACUUCUGAAAGUAAACGUUUAUCUUUGUUAAAUUAUUUGUAGACUUUAUGAUUUAAUCCUCUUCCAAUACUUGGACCAUGGUCUGAUAAAGUUUGAUUUUUUUUUGUUUAAUUCCUAAUGAAACCUCAAAACAUUUUAGACCUUAAAUGACUUUACUCUCUACCACUUCUGCAUUUAAUUGUUACACGUGUUCUAGAUGCGCAUGGACAGGUCUAGGUCUAGUAGUGAGCAAUGUCUUUCAAUGACAUUUAAUUCUUUGUUUUAAAUAAACAUAUUAAAACUAUUUUGAUUUAGGACCAAAUCCACAGAUUCCCAAAGAAUGUCAAGCCUAUCUAAUUGUUCUAUUGUAUGUCACAUAGAAAGAUAAACUAAAGAGCUAAAAGAAAUGAAAAUAUGUCCAUGGUAAACCAGUGAACUAAAACUAAUUAGACCUGAGUGUUGUAAUAAAUAAAAAGCUUUCAUGGAAUCCUCAUAUUGAUGGAACUAUUGAGUAAAUCAAACAAAGCAUUGGUUCAGUCCAACAAGGAGACACAAUUAAAAUGUUUCUUGACUUUGGUAUGACUAGUAUUAGAUUAUGCGUCCUCUGUUAGGGAUCCUUCAAUGAAAAAAAAAAACAACAACAAAUUAGAACCAAGCCUAACGGCUAUUGACAAAGAAAUAUUAACAAAGAAAUAUU